UAGCAUUGGGGGGGCUGUGGACUGGGGGGGGUCGCGCUGUUAGCAUCUGAAUACACCGAGCCAUGGCGGAAAGUCUGUCCGUUGUUGUUCUCCUUUUGUGUGGGACUCUGAUCCCCUUCGUUACCGGUGAGUUUGUCAAUUGGAAAUCGGUGACUAACAAACAUUGUUCGUAUCAGUCUGUGAUAUUGUAGCUAAGAGUUUGUUGAUGUUUUUUUCCCCCCAAAGCUAGCUAACGUUACAUGUCUAACAUUUAGUUAGUUAGCUAGCAAUGUGAAAGGACAUCUUCCAUCUUCCAGGUGGGGCGAGUCUGGCAAACAUGCUGCUAACGCCACUUAGUGUCUGUUGGUAACUAAAUUUUUAUGACUCUUUCAUAUGACUGCCUUUUUAACUCAAGAGGGUUUAUUUAGUACAUCCUUGGUCUAGAUGAGGGUUAUGUUCUGUCACUGUCAAAAAUGAAUGUAACGUUGGUAACGUCGUUAUGCAGUAUGAUCUAAUUAGUUUGCUAUAUCAUUCUUAUUUCGCAAUAUCCACUGCCUCCGAAGUUACGGGGUGACGAAAUGAACUUGUGUAUUUCUGAGUGGAUUGACGUUAAACAUGCAAUAUGUGUCGUGUGACUCGUGGAGUUUAACUGUUUGCUGUUAACUUAGUUGUAACUAGCUAAAGUUAAAAACAAAUCUGCUUCCAUGAUGUCACAGGUAACGUUCUCGUAAAUUACAUGGGGGUGGGACAUGACUAGUGUUUCACCCCAUCUUGGGUUGUAAUGUUGAAUUUUGAAAUAUACGGUAUUGUGAGGGCAUUUAGCCAGAGAGAGAUCCAUUUAUAUAAUUUGCUCUGUGCCUGAUUGUGAGAGGUCAGUCACAUACCUGCCACUGUAAUUCGAUCAACCAGAUCUUGAGGAAGCAAUCAAGGAUGUCUGUCUGGCAGACCUGCCACCUCAUGACUUCACGUUAUCUUCUGGUAGCUGCAUGAACAUACACCUCAUUUUAGGCUCCAGAUAGUCUCUGACCUUUAUGUGCCCAAUUCAAAUCAGAUCCGCUUUAGUCGACAUCUGCAUAGCGGUUGUUUUUUCCCCCCCCGAAGUUCCCAGUUGUCUUGAACGCUCAGAAGUCGGAAAUGUCCUAGUUCCCAGUUGUUUUGAUCACGGCAUUAUGGUGCUUUCAAAACUCUGGGGGGGGGGGGGAGAGGUGAAAUCAUGUCAGUGAUCUUCAGGUCGGAAAGUCAGAGCUCUAGAAAGACGCCCGAGUUUCUGACUGCGAAUUCCGAGUUGGAUGACCAUUGAAAACGAUUUUUGCCAGUCGGAGCUACCUUUUUUUUACAGAGUUCCCAGUUGUCUUGAAUGCACUGAAGUCAGAAGUCAGAGAUUUCCGAGUUCCCUGUUGUUUUGAACACGGCAUUAGAGCUGUCAAAUCCACAAGCAGCCCUGUGUGGUUAGGCUACCAUCAUCACCCACUCCAGCAGCACACCACCCUGCAUCCCACUGCUGGCUGGCCUCUGAAGCAAAGCAGGGUUGGUCCUGGUCGGUCCCUGGAUUGGAGACCAGAUGCUGCUGGAAGUGGUGUUGGAGGGCCAGUAGGAGGCACUAUUUUCUCUGGUCUAAAAAAAGAUCCCAAUGCCCCAGGGCAGUGAUUGGGGACAUUGCCCUGUGUAGGGUGACGUCUUUCGGAGUGGACGUUAAACGGGUGUCCUGACUCUCUGUGGUCACUAAAAGAUCCCAUGGCACUUAUCGUAAGAGUAGGGGUGAUAACCCCGGUGUCCUGGCUAAAUUCCCAAUCUGGCCCUCAUACCAUCAUGGCCACCUAAUCAUCCCCAGCUUCCAAUUGGCUCAUUCAUCCCCCCCUCCUUUCCCCGGUAACUAUUCCCCAGGUCGUUGCUGUAAAUGAGAAUGUGUUCUCAGUCAACUGACCUGGUAAAAUAAGGGUUAAAAAAACAAUGAGGGGGUUCAAUUAUCUGCGCGAGCCAGGUGCCCCGCUCUGGCAGACGGCGAAGUCGGCUCCAUUUAUUAUUUAUUUUUUACAUAGGUUAAGCACACGGAGUAAUGAGUAGGAUUCUGUGUUUUCACAUGCUAAAGAGAUUGCUUUGGAUAAAAACACUUAUCUGCCUUCCCGAUGAAAACUAGUUUGAAACAUAUAUUUUAUGAAAAGAGAUAUACAGUGGCAUGCGAAAGUAUUCACCCCCCUUGGUAUUUUUCCUAUUUUGUUUCCUUACAACCUGGAAAUAAAAUGCAUUUUUUGUGGGGUUUGGAUCAUUUGAUUUACACAACAUGCCUACCACUUUGAAUAUGCAAAAUAUUUUUUCUUGUGAAACAAACAAGAAAUAAGACAAAAAAACAGAAGUUGAGCGUACAUAACUAUUCACCCCCUCAAAGUCAAUACUUUGUAGAGGCACGUUUUGCAGCAAUUACAGCUGCAAGUCUCUUGGGGUAUGUCUCUAUAAGCUUGGCACAUCUAGCCACUGGGAUUUUUGCCCAUUCUUCAAGGCAAAACGGCUCCAGCUCCUUCAAGUUGGAUGGGUUCCGCUGGUGUACAGCAAUCUUUAAGUCAUACCACAGAUUCUCAAUUGGAUUGAGGUCUGGGCUUUGACUAGGCCAUUCCAAGACAUUUAAAUGUUUCCCCUUAAACCACUAGAGUGUUGCUUUAGCAGUAUGCUUAGGGUCAUUGCCCUGCUGGAAGGUGAACCUCCGUCCCAGUCUCAAAUCUCUGGAAGACAAACAGCUUUCCCUCAAGUAUUUCCCUGUAUUUAGUGCCAUCCAUCAUUCCUUCAAUUCUGACCAGUUUCCCAGUCCCUGCCGAUGGAAAACAUCCCCACAGCAUGAUGCUGCCACCACCAUGCUUCACUGUGAGGAUGGUGUUCUCGGGGUGAUGAGAGGUGUUGUGUUUGCACCAGACAUAGCGUUUUCCUUGAUGGCUAAAAAGCUCAAUUUUAGUCUCAUCUGACCAGAGUACCUUCUUCCAUAUGUUUGGGGAGUCUCCCACAUGCCUUUUGGUGAACGCCAAAAGUGUUUGCUUAUUUCUUUCUUUAAGCAAUGGCUUUUUUCUGGCCAUUCUUCCGUAAAGCCCAGCUCUGUGGAGUGUACGGCUUAAAGUGGUCCUGUGGACAGAUACUCCAAUCUCCGCUGUGGAGCUUUGAAGCUCCUUUUAUAACCCAACCCUGAUCUGUACUUCUCCACAACUUUGUCCCUGACCUGUUUGGAGAGCUCCUUGGUCUUCAUGGUGCCGCUUGCUUGGUGGUGCCCCUUGCUUAGUGGUGUUGCAGACUCUGGGGCCUUUCAGAACAGGUGUAUAUAUACUGAGAUCAUGUGACACUUAGAUUGCACACAGGUGGACUUUAUUUAACUAAUUAUGUGACUUCUGAAGGUAAUUGGUUGCACCAGAUCUUAUUUAGGGGCUUCAUAGCAAAGGGGGUGAAUACAUAUGCACGCACCACUUUUCCGUUAUUUUAUUUAUUUUGAAUUUUUUCAUUUCACUUCACCAAUUUUGACUAUUUGUGUAUGUCCAUUACAUGAAAUCCAAAUAAAAAUCCAUUUAAAUUACAGGUUGUAAUGCAACAAAAUAGGAAAAACGCCAAGGGGGAUGAAUACUUUUGCAAGGCGCUGUAUGUUUCUUGCUCCAUGCUACCUGGUUGACAAUAUGACUGAGCGGGCACAGAUUACUGCUCCUCCCUCACCGUCAUGGGCCAUAGCCCGGUACACCGCGGGUCAGCUUAAUCAAACUCCCUCAUUUAACUCUGCUGUGUUUGUUGUAUACCUGCCAAUGUUAAUUGCUGUUGUCUUUCAAGUCAUGUAUUUUCUCCCAAGCUGUGUCCAACUCAAACCUAUGAUGGUGUUUCUCCUUUCCACCCAGCUGGUGGUGAAUGUGAGGCCUACAAAGAUGCCUAUGGCCAAUACAAAUCCAAGCAGGACUGCAGUGGUUUCCAGUGGUGCUGUGGAACGUGUGACAUGAGAUACUGCUGCAGCAGCCUGUCUCUCCAGUUGACUGAGUCAGAGCAGGACAGCUGCAAGACAGUCAGGUAUGAGGACAACAACCAUGGCUACGUCCUAAAUCAAAUGGUACCCAAUGCCCCAUGGGGCUCUGGUCAAAAGUAGUGCACUAUAUAUAGGGAAUAGGGUGCCAUUUGUGACCGACUUAAAAGAUAAAACCACUGACCAUGUGGUUCAGUGAACUGUGCUUGUGUGAUGAUUGCUAACCUUGCCUGAGACCUGAAGAACAUAUCUUUAUUGCACUAAGGCUGAUCCUUCAGCCGAGCCGACAACACGUUAGCUCGGUUAUGAUACACAUUUACAUUUACGUCAUUUAGCAGACGCUCUUAUCCAGAGUGACUUACAAAUAGGUGCAUUCACCUUAUAGCCAGUGGGAUAACCACUAUACAAUUUUUUUGUUACGAAGAUGUCAACAACAGCCUCUCUCACUUCCUCUUUCACACCAAGCUCACUUCAGAUCAGUGCAAUGAAACUUUGCACAAGCAUCCGUCCUUGUAAUACAUGAACAGGCUCUGUCACCACCCCAGUAGAACAGGCUCUGUCACCACCCCAGUAGAACAGGAUCUGUCACCACCCCAGUAGAACAGGCUCUGUCACCACCCCAGUAGAACAGGCUCUGUCACCACUCCAGUAGAACCGGCUCUGUCACCACCCCAGUAGAACAGGCUCUGUCACCACCCCAGUAGAACAGGCUCUGUCACCACCCCAGUAGAACAGGCUCUGUCACCACCCCAGUAGAACAGGCUCUGUCACCACCCCAGUAGAACCGGCUCUGUCACCACCCCAGUAGAACAGGCUCUGUCACCACCCCAGUAGAACCGGCUCUGUCACCACCCCAGUAGAACCGGCUCUGUCACCACCCCAGUAGAACCGGCUCUGUCACCACCCCAGUAGAACAGGCUCUGUCACCACCCCAGUAGAACAGGCUCUGUCACCACCCCAGUAGAACAGGCUCUGUCACCACCCCAGUAGAACAGGGUCUGUCACCACCCCAGUAGAACAGGCUCUGUCACCACCCCAGUAGAACAGGCUCUGUCACCACCCCAGUAGAACAGGCUCUGUCACCACCCCAGUAGAACAGGAGCGAAUGCAGAGUAGACCACCCUCAUGGUCCUCUGUAGCUCAGCUGGUAGAGCACGGCGCUUGUAACGCCAAGGUAGUGGGUUCGAUCCCCGGGACCACCCAUACACAAAAAAUGUAUGCACGCAUGACUGUAAGUCGCUUUGGAUAAAAGCGUCUGCUAAAUGGUAUAUUAUAUAUCAUUAUUAUAUCAACCCCACAGAUGAGUUUCAGCAUCGACACCAACUUCUACCGGAGGCGUAUCCAAAACAGGAUCAAUUAAUUAGCUAGCUAACUUUGAUAAACAACCAGAAAUAACUGUUGAUUUGUCUGAUUCAUUUAGAAAGCUAAACAUACAGUGCUAUGAAAAAGUAUUUGCCCCCUUUCUAAUUUUCUCUACUUUUGCAUAUUUGUGAUACUGAAUGUUAUCAGAUCUUCAACCAAAACCUAAUUUUAGAUAAAGGGAACAUAAGUGAACAAAUAACACAACAAUUACAUAUUUAUUUCAUAAACAAAGUUAUGCAACACCCAAUUCCCCUGUGUGAAAAAGUAAUUGCCCCCUCACACUCAAUAACUGGUUGUGCCACCUUUAGCUGCAAUGACUCCAACCAAAUGCUUCCUGUGGUUGUUGAUCAGUCUCUCACGUCGCUGUGGAGGAAUUUUGGCCCACUCUUCCAUGCAGAACUGCUUUAACUCAGUGACGUGUGGGUUUUUUGACUAGGCCAUUCCAUAAAUUCAAAUUUGUUGCUUUUUAACAAUUUUCAUGUAGACUUGAUUGUGUGUUUUGGAUCAUUGUCUUGCUGCAUGACCCAGCUGCGCUUCAGCUUCAGCUCACAGACGGAUGGUCUGACAUUCUCCUGUAGAAUUCUCUGAUACAGAGCAGAAUUCAUGGUUCCUUCUAUUAAGGCAAGUCGUCCAGGUCCUGAGGCAGCAAAGCAUCCCCAAACCAUCACACCACCACCACCAUGCUUGACCUUUGGUAUGAUGUUCUUACUGUGGAAGGCAGAGUUUGGUUUUCGCCAGGCAUUACUGGAACCAUGUCGUCCAAAAAGUUAUACUUUUGAAUCAUCUGUCCAUAGAACGUUCUUCCAAGAGUCUUGAUGAUCAUCCAGAUGCUUUUUGGCAAACUUGAGUCAACUUUUUGGACGACAUGGUUCCAGUAAUGCCUGGCGAAAACCAAACUCUGCCUUCCACAGUAAGAACAUCAUACCAAAGGUCAAGCAUGGUGGUGGUGGUGUGAUGGUUUGGGGAUGCUUUGCUGCCUCAGGACCUGGACGACUUGCCUUAAUAGAAGGAACCCUGAAUUCUGCUCUGUAUCAGAGAAUUCUACAGGAGAAUGUCAGACCAUCCGUCUGUGAGCUGAAGCUGAAGCGCAGCUGGGUCAUGCAGCAAGACAAUGAUCCAAAACACACAAUCAAGUCUACAUGAAAAUUGUUAAAAAGCAACAAAUUUGAAUUUAUGGAAUGGCCUAGUCAAAAAACCCACACGUCACUGAGUUAAAGCAGUUCUGCAUGGAAGAGUGGGCCAAAAUUCCUCCACAGCGACGUGAGAGACUGAUCAACAACCACAGGAAGCAUUUGGUUGGAGUCAUUGCAGCUAAAGGUGGCACAACCAGUUAUUGAGUGUGCAUCAGGGGGAAAUUACUUUUUCACACAGGGGAAUUGGGUGUUGCAUAACUUUGUUUAUGAAAUAAAUAUGUAAUUGUUGUGUUAUUUGUUCACUUAUGUUCCCUUUAUCUAAUAUUAGGUUUUGGUUGAAGAUCUGAUAACAUUCAGUAUCACAAAUAUGCAAAAGUAGAGAAAAUUAGAAAGGGGGCAAAUAAUUUUUCAUAGCACUGUAUGUGCUUUUGGUUGUUGAGUCAAUUAGACCAUGCCCAUUUCAAGUUUAUCUUACUAAAAAAUAAAAUGUUAUUUCCGAAUAUUUAGAGAAGUUAGAUGGCUAACUCCUUGAUCCUGCUUCGUAGUAUAGCCCUCUGGCCUCUGUCUUUGGCUGCACAGGGCUAACAUGCUAUAGGACACAAUGCUUAAUGCAACAGUACAAAACAAUUCAGAAGUAUUUUACGAUCUGGCUUUGUUAGUUCAGUAUUAGACUGAUGUAUGUUUGACUGACUGUUUCUCUGUCUGACCGCUGCAAUGCUGACUGACUGUUUCUCUCUCUCUGACUGCUGCAAUGCUGACUGACUGUUUCUCUGUCUGACCGCUGCAAUGCUGACUGACUGUUUCUCUGUCUGACCGCUGCAAUGCUGACUGACUGUUUCUCUCUCUCUGACUGCUGCAAUGCUGACUGACUGUUUCUCUCUCUGACCGCUGCAAUGCUGACUGACUGUUUCUCUCUCUCUGACCGCUGCAAUGCUGACUGACUGUUUCUCUCUCUCUGACUGCUGCAAUGCUGACUGACUGUUUCUCUCUCUGACCGCUGCAAUGCUGACUGACUGUUUCUCUGUCUGACCGCUGCAAUGCUGACUGACUGACUGUUUCUCUGUCUGACCGCAGCAAUGCUGACUGACUGACUGUUUCUCUGUCUGACCGCUGCAAUGCUGACUGACUGUUUCUCUCUCUCUGACUGCUGCAAUGCUGACUGACUGACUGUUUCUCUGUCUGACCGCUGCAAGACUGACUGACUGUUUCUCUGUCUGACCGCUGCAAUGCUGACUGACUGUUUCUCUCUCUCUGACCGCUGCAAUGCUGACUGACUGUUUCUCUGUCUGACUGCUGCAAUGCUGACUGACUGAUGUUUCUCUCUCUCUGACCGCUGCAAUGCUGACUGACUGUUUCUCUCUCUCUGACCGCUGCAAUGCUGACUGACUGUUUCUCUCUCUCUGACUGCUGCAAUGCUGACUGACUGUUUCUCUCUCUCUGACUGCUGCAAUGCUGACUGACUGACUGUUUCUCUCUCUCUGACUGCUGCAAUGCUGACUGACUGAUGUUUCUCUCUGUUUCAGUGGCUAUGUAAGCACGUUAACCAUCUCAUCGUUCGUAGCAGCAGCUGUCAUCAUCAUGAUUAUUUUCAUCUGUUGCUGCGUGUGUCCCUGCUGCUGCUUGUACAAA